AUGUUUGUAGUGGAAUUGGACGGGAGCGACGCCCAAGAUGAAGACGAGAGCGAUGUUGAGAUGAAUGGACAGGAAGAGGAUGUAGAAGACGACGAGGAUGAGGACAUGAGCGAUGAGGGAGAAGAAGAAUUCGAAGAAGAAGAGGAUGUGCAUGAGAGCAGGAAGCAGACAGCAGCCGGAAAAGCGACGAGCGUAUCUAAGCCGCAUAAGAAACCUGCGCCGAGCCUGCAAGACGGUGUCUACACAGCUGAAUCCUUCAAGUCAAACAUGUUCAAGUUCCAGGUCGAUGAGCUGUUGGAUCAGGUCAAAUUGAAGUAUAGCAAAAAGGAAGCCCCUGCCGAGAAUGCAAUGCGCACGCUCAAGACCAUCAUUGAACAGAUACCGAGUCGCGAAGCUCUGCUGAUUCCUGAAGCAGAGAAAUCCCUCAAGUCAGCCGGUGUUGCGAUCCCCUUUCCGAGUCCCCGCCCAUCCAAGGACACCUUGUAUAAGCUGCAAUACGAACGACCUGCCAGUAUAAACGCGACUGGUAGCUAUCCGCUCAAGACCGCAACUCGCAACGACGAUGGAAUAGCCAUCGAUCUCGUGGUUACUAUGCCCAAGAGUCUGUUCACGGAAAAAGACUACUUGAACCACCGAUACUUCUAUAAACGAUCAUACUAUUUGGCAUCAUUGGCUGCAGGAAUCAAAGCUUCCAAUGAUCACAAGUUUGAGCUGUCAUUUGAGAGUUUAAAUGGCAACCAACUUCAGCCGAUCCUCGUUGUGCGACCGAGCGGUAAUGGCGAUGCGGAUGACUUCUCGAGCUCCAAGUGCCAAAUCAACAUCUUGGUGUCGCUGCCUGAGAAUACCUUCGCACCACACAAGCUCCUACCAAACUCCAACUGUGUCCGACCCAAAGGUAACGACGAUGAAGUGUCUAGCAAAGCACUCACACCUACACCCUUCUAUAACAACACCAUGCAAUCUGAUGCCAACGUUACGGCUUACCUCAAGCUCCUCCACGGUACCGCUUCGAGAGCUGAAGCCUUCAAGGAUGCAUGCAUACUUGGACGUAUCUGGUUGAAGCAGCGUGGGUUUGGCGGUGAAAUGCGCAAAGGAGGAUUCGGCAAUUUUGAAUUCGCCGCCAUCAUGGCACUCCUAUUGCAGCCAAAUGCCGGAACUGGUGCUCAGUCGGUUUCUUCCGGCUUCAGCAGCUACCAGCUGUUCAAGUCGACACUUCAAUUCUUAUCGCGAGGCGAUCUGACGAAGAAACCUUUCAUCUUCCAGGCACAAAACAUCACCGUCCCGAAGACUGAGACUGCACCUGUUGUCUUUGAUGGACCGCGAGGCCAGAAUAUCUUGUUCAAAAUGACACCAUGGUCAUACUCGCGUCUUCGAUCCGAGGCAAAAGCUACUGUGGAUAUGCUCAGCGACUCGGUGUUGGACAACUUUGACGCUGCCUUUAUCCUCAAGACAGAGCUGCUGAAGUACCGAUAUGACGCUACUCUCGAGAUACCUCUUGCAUCUCUUGGCAUUUCAAACGCGGGCGAGGACUACAGCCAGCGACUGAGCGAGACGUGCCAAAAGAUACAUAGCACCUUGACACGUGCGCUUACUAACCGCAUCACCACGCUGUCUUUCACGAUGCCCGAGGAAGAAUCUUGGUCGAUAUCCUCAAGGCGCCCAGUAGAGAAGCAAAGUAAGAGCAUACUCGUCAACUUUGCUACUGAGCCCGCCAAUGCCACUCGUACUGUCGAUCACGGUCCCUCAGCAGAGAACAAGCAAGAAGCUGCCUCGUUCCGCAAGUUCUGGGGCGAAAAGGCUGAGCUCAGGCGUUUCAAAGAUGGCAGUAUCCUUGAGAGUGUUGUGUGGUCAGUCAAAGAUGCAGCUUCUGUCAUGGAACAGAUUGUUGUGUACACCUUGGGCAAGCAUGUAGGUGUCCAAGUGGCAGAACAGUCCAAGUUCACUAGCGAUGCAUUCGGCCACCUUAUCACAGCUGGUCGCAUGCAGGGACAGUCUGGAACAGCGCCUUUCUUGCCCAUCAUGAAUGCCUUCAGCGCCAUGGAGAAGGACAUUCGCGAUCUAGAGGAGCUUCCACUCCGACUUCGCCAUCUCAGAGCUGCAGACCCGCAAUUGCGGUACUCGUCCGUUGAAGUUCCUUCCGCAGGUCACGUUCCUGCAUCCGUCGUGUUGCAGUUCGAAGGCUCUGGACGCUGGCCAGACGAUCUAUGCGCUAUUCAGCGUACCAAAAUUGCCUUUCUUCUCCGCCUUGCCGAGCUCUUGGACAACUUGGGGCGUGGUUAUACUGCUCGCGUCGGCAUGGAGAACCCAUCACAACCAGCACAAAAUCAGGCGUUCUUGGAUGUAACAGUAUCCACAGGCUACACGUUCCGGAUCCGCAUCUACCAUGACCGGGAGCCGACACUGUUCGAACGCCAGAUCAAAGAUAAGUCGUUGGAUGCACCAUCAAGGGAAUCUGCUGCUUCGUCUCUGGCACUGUACAAACGCGAGUUCAUACAAUCGCCACUACACUCCCAAGUGCUACAGACGCUAUGCACACGAUUUCUAGCUCUUUCACCGGCCAUACGAUUGAUGAAGAAAUGGUUCGCAUCACAUCUUCUCGCGCCGCACUUCUCGUCUGAGCUUAUCGAACUUCUCGUCAUUCGAACAUUCCUACAGCCACAUCCUUGGCCCGUACCUUCUACCGCAACCACCGGUUUCCUCCGAACACUAUCUUGGAUUAGUCGUUGGGACUGGCGACACGCCCCACUCAUCGUAGACUUCUCGACGACCUUUUCAGCAAACCCCGCGGAUCUGGAAGACACUACCUCCAAGGGUAUGAAGUCGGAAGAUCUAGACCGGUUACAGACGCGAUUUGAAGCAUGGCGACGUAUUGAUCCUGCCAUGAACCGCGUUGUGCUUUUCGCAGCGACAAACCUCGAUGAAGAAGGCACAACCUGGACUGACAAAGCCAAACCGGAGAAGGUGGUUGCUGCGCGUUUGACUGCGUUGGCCAAAGCUGCUACCCAGGCUGUCCGUGCAGAGGAGGAUCGCUUACUCCGCCAUAUCAACAGCAACAAGGAUACCGCUCAAGCCCAGAACGCUCUGAGCCCAGAAUCCCUCUUUAUGACCAGCAUCUCCGACUUUGAUAUCGUCAUAACUAUCUCUUCGAAAUACUCUCUCAAGUCCAGCAAGUCACGCAAGUCUGCUCCGCAGUUCAAGAACCUGGACCUUCAGAGAUCAGCAACUUCAAACCCCUCUGCUCAGACACCCUUGACUCAGCUCUUUGCUCAAGACUUGCUGGAAGUUUACGGCGAUGCCGUGCUGUGGUUUUGGGAUCCUGAGACCUUAGAUAAAAUUGUGGGGCUAUGGAAUCCAGUUGUCACGGCGCAGAGGAGUUGGAAGGUCAAGGCCGGGUGGAAUAGCGUGCCAGUUGGGAAAAAGGACGCUGUUGAGAUCAAGGCGAAUAAGGAUGCGAUUGUGCAUGAGUUCAGGAGGUUGGGUGGUGAACUUGUUAAGAGUAUUGAUGUUAAGAGUUAG